CUGACACAUCCGCAGCAAGCGAUCCGGGUUGUGAAAGUUUGCAACGACAGCAGUGAAAUUUCGGCAGCUGUGGCGAGAGAGGAGGACAGUCGCGAGCGCACAACAAAACACGAAAGCAAGAUGAUAACGGGCGGUGUUGUAGGGGAGCAGCUGUGGCAGCGUGUUGUUGGCAGUGGUGCUGGUGGUGAUGAUGGUGGUGAUUAUGGAAAGGUGAAGCUGGUGCUGUUGACGGUGGUAGCUGUGCUUGUGGUGCGUUUUCUGGCCGCCUUUUGGAGCUGGUGGAAGUUUCGAUCUGUGCUCAAGCGCUUCACAGGCGCCGAGCUCCUCUUUCCAUCAGGGACCGCGCGAGAGCACUCAGACUAUGAGAGCUGGUUUGCAUACACGGACAAGUAUGCAAAGAUUGAGCCACUGAAGCCCGUUCGAUACUGCUUUGGCAUCUUCGUCAACACCGUGGCUGUGCGGCGACCAGCGGACAUCAAAGCCAUCAUCACCAGCAAUCCGCCCAAGGGCGCCAUGAUCCGCAAACUGCUUGGCUGGCUCGGGCGCACAUCCGUCCUCCUCACGGAAGGAGAAGAGUGGCGGAGCAUGCGGACACUACUCAAUCCAGCGUUCCACCGCACUCUGCUCAAAGACUACACGCAGACGAUGCUGAUGACGACGGAUGAGCUGGUGCACAAGUUUGAAACGUUUGCGGAGCGUCCAGAGGAGCCUGUUGAAAUCAGUUCGCAUUUCGUUUUGCUCGCACUUGACACCGUCUGCCGCUGCGCAUUCAGCUACGAGAGCGGGUGCCAGAACACCGCAGAUGAGCCGUUCACGAAGACAAUUUCGUCGCUGGCGGAGGAAGUGUUACGGCGUCUUGGCAACCCCGUGUACAUGAUUGAUUGGGUGUAUGCGCUCACGUCGCACGGUCGUGAACUCAAUCGCAAGACAGCAUUCAUCAACGACCACGCUCGCAAGAUCAUUGAGAAGCGACGCGAUGAGCUGCAGGGCAUGUCGCUCGAGGACAUCGCACGCGGGAAACGCCCCUCCGGGCGCGCGCUGUUUGACUUCCUGGACAUUUGUCUCCUCUCGCGCGACAAAGACGGCAACCCAGCACUGACGACAGAGGAGCUGGAGGCGCAGUGCACGACGUUCCUUGGCGCCGGCUUUGACACCACCGCAACCGCUCUCACCUUCAUCACGUACCUCUUUGCCAAGCACCCACAGGAGCAACAGAAGUGUCGCGAGGAAAUCUUUGAAGCGCUCGGGGCGAGCGAUGCACCAAGCUUCGACGACUUUGCCAAGCUGCCUUACACCAUGGCAUGCAUCAAGGAGGCGAUGCGUCUCAUCCCGCCUGUGCCCGUCGUCUCCCGCGUCCUCGAGAAACCGCUCACGCUCGAGUGCGGCGAGACCUUGCCAAAGGGGACAUUCGUGGACAUGAACAUCUACAUGCUGCACCACAACCCCACGGUCUGGAACGACCCAGAGACAUUCAGGCCAGAGAGGUUCCUCAACAAACGCGUAGACCAGUACUCGUACAUGCCGUUUUCGCUCGGCCCGCGCAACUGCAUUGGCAGCAACUUUGCCAUGAACGAAAUCAAGCACGAACCCCGCAUGGGAUCGGCAAUUACGCUCCGCAGCAUGAAUGGCGUCAAGGUCAAAAUCCAGGUUGGUCCCUGCACAUCAUGUGUUUUGACAAUGAAGGAGCACCCGAACAACGCUGCAUCCCUCAAGUACAUUCUCAAGUACAGCCGCGAGAACCGAGGCGGGGCCAUCCGUUUCUGGCACACCGUGCUGAUGCCCCAUGUGGUUGUCUACCAGCCUGCUGAUGUGAAGAAGGUCAUUACUCGCAACUCCCCCAAGACCCAGAUGCUCUACCGCUUCGUCCGCCCCUGGCUCGGCCAGAAGUCCCUCCUCCUCCUCGAGGGCGAGGAGUGGCGGACAAUGCGCCAUCUCCUCAACCCGGCAUUCCACCGCGUCCUCCUCAAGAACUACUCCACGGUGAUUGUGGAGGCGACGGAGGAGCUUGUGACCAAGUUCAACCGCUACGCCGCCACCCCAGACAAGGAGGUGGACGUCUUCCCAGACUUUUGCCUCCUCACUCUCGACGCCAUCUGCAGAUGCGCUUUCGGCUACGAGAGCGGGUGCCAGACCAACCCCAAGGAGAAGUAUGCCACUGCCAUUGGCGAGAUUGCAAACUUCAUCACCAAGCGCGUGCGCACGCCGAAAUACCUGUUUGACACGAUUUACGAGCGCUCUGAUGAGGGCCGCGAGUUCCAGGCCGUCCUCGACUACGUCCACGGAAAGGCAAACGAGAUUAUUGCGCGCCGUAAGGAGGAGCUCAAGGGCGUCAGCAUCGAGGACGUCGCACGCGACAAGCGCCCCUCUGGGCGUGCGCUGUUCGACUUCCUGGACAUUUGUCUCCUCUCGCGCGACAAGGACGGCAACCCAGCACUGACGGACGAAGAGAUUCGCAGCCAGUGCGACACGUUUCUCUUCGCAGGCCACGACACCACGUCCACCGCCCUCAGCUGGCUCACCUACAACCUCUCAAAGCACCCAGAGUACCAGGAGAGGUGCCGGCAAGAGAUUAUUGAAGCGUUUGGUGACGAGCACCCAGACUUUGACCGCAUCAACGAGCUCAAGUUCACCACCGCCUGCAUCAAGGAGUCGAUGCGGCUGUACCCGCCAGUGCUCGGCACGGGCCGCGUGCUCGACCAGCCCCUCGAACUCCAGUGCGGCGUUGUCCUCCAGCCAGGCACUUCAGUUGGCUGCAGCAGCUUCGCCUCCCACCGCAACCCUGAUACAUGGGAGGACCCAGACACAUACAACCCAGAGCGGUUCCUGGAAACGCGUCCGGACAUUUACGCCUAUUUCCCGUUCUCUGUUGGCAGCCGCAACUGCAUUGGCAACAACUUUGCCAUGAACGAGAUUCGCGUUGUCAUGUGCCAGCUCCUGCGCAAGUUCAAGUUCCUUCCCGUCGACUACGAGCCCCUCCUUGAGUCUGUGCUUGUGCUGCGCAGCCAGAACGGCGUGAAAGUCCGGAUACAGAAACUGCACGAAGACAACUAGGCGGAUGUGGCGCAACAUUCCCCGUCCCACAAUGCCCUCUCCUACGUGCACACACACACACACAGAGCAACGCCAUAUGCACCAUUCAGCUUAGAUCUCAACAAGCCAGCAAACAAACAAGGCUUUCCUCUCUCCUUUCCCACCUCUACCCAACUCCGCCCACCACCACUCCAUCUCUUUCGUUGGCUUCUGUUGCUUCCACCCCGUUUCUUGCCAUCACCCUUCCUUCACAGCACCCCCCUCGCUUGCGUUUUCCGUAGCUUAAGGUCCCCCCCUCCUCUCCCCGUUUUGGUUUCGUUGCCUUGUGUCGCCUGCACAUCACCUCUUUAGCCCUUCCUAACCCCUUUCUCGCUCAACACACACACGCACACACACCAUAAACAACAACCGCCA